AUGUACAGUAUUGUGUCGGAUAUAGCCAAAAAAGUUCACGUUGAUUACAAAUCACUGCCCAUUGGUUUCCUUGUUCAGCCCAGAGAAACCUGUUCAUCUGCCAGACUGCAAAGAUGGGCACUUAAGUUGGCUUCAUACAACUACAACAUAGAAUACAGGAACACGGCUGCUCAUGUUGAUGCAGAUAGCAUGUCAAGAGUCCCUCUGGCUACAAAAGUGAACUGUGACAGUGAGGUUGUAAAUUGCUACUUGUUUGAAACAGACAUCCUCACAACUGUAACACAUCAAAUGAUCAAGAAGAAAACUGCAGUAGAUCCAAUAUUAUCCAAAGUUCUGAUAUAUGCUCAGUAUGGAUGGUCAAGUACUGAUGAGUGUGAUCCAAGUUUACAACCUUUCCUACAGCGUCGAGAUGAAAUCAGCAUUGAACAGGGGUGUGUUCUAUGGGAACUUAGUGUCAUAAUUCCCACUGCACUGCAAGGGGACAUACUUCGAGAACUACAUGAGACACACCUAGACAUGACAAUAAUGAAGGUAGUGGCAAGGUCCUAUGUAUGGUGGCCCAAUCUUGACAAGCAAAUUAAAGGAGUUUCUUCAUGUCAAGUAUGUCAAUCCAUGAAGGCAGAUCCACCUACUGCACAAAUUCAUCCUUGGACUUUUCCUUCCAAACCUUGGUCAAAACUUCAUGCUGAUUUUGCAAGUCCAUUCUUGGGAAAGAUGUACUUUGUACUUGUCGAUGCUUACAGUAAGUAUCCUGAAGUAGUUCAAAUGAAGAGUACUACAGCCGAGGCUACGGUAAAGGUUCUCCGUGAGGUUUUCAGUAGACACGGAUUACCUGAGAUUUUAGUCUCGGGUAAUGGCCCGCAAUUCACUUCAAAAGAGUUUGCGGAUUUCUGCUUAAACAACCGGUAUUUUGCAUCGUACAUCCUCAGCAUAUAUAAACCUUCUACGAAUGGUCAAGCAGAAAGAGUAGUUCAAGUACUUAAGUCAGCCUUACGUCAAGCUGAAGUACUAAAGCAAGAUGCUGAGACUGUCCUACAAAGAUACCUGCUUUCGUAUCGCAUCACUCCACAUUCUACAACAAGAAUCGCCCCUUCUGUGCUGCUGAUGGGAAGGAAACUGCACACUCGUUUGGAUUUAAUAUUUCCAUCUUUUACGAAGAAAGUACAAGUAGCACAAGAAUUCAUGGCGAACCGAACUGUUUCACGUGUUUGUCGUGUGCUGAAAUUGGGUGAUUCAGUGCAAGUGAGAAAUUAUAGAGGAAAAGAAAAAUGGGAGCAAGAUGUGUAUCCUAUAAUGAAUGAAGUAGAGCCUCAAAUAAGUGAAACUGAAAAUGCAAGUCCUACAGUUUCAGAGGUUUUGGGGCAAUUCCAAGGUUCUCCUAAUAAAACUAUACCUUCUCCCAAUGAGCGACUACCCGGUAGUUGCUUCCAGGAGAUAUCCAGAACGACAAAGAAACCCUCCUAG